AACCGAUAAAGAAAUAACUGAUCAACUGAUAGGAUUAUAAAAACGCGCACGUUGCGGUGGAAAGCGCGUUCGAAAUUAAAGUUCGAAAAAUUCGAACUCGCACGUAAACACGAUGAAACACGCGAUAAUAGGAUAAAAAGAAAAGUUUUCUUUUCUUGCAACCGUGAGCGUUUCUCGAUUAGCCUGAUGAGAGACACCUCGCACGCGGAAUCCUUUGAUCCCGGUGACACCGGUCGUGAAUGCUGAGUAGCCGAUCGGCCUGCGUUGCCACGGCAGUCGACACUCGUGGACUGAAUUUUCGAUCGCUUCGCGAAAAGAUAUGUCGUGUUCUAUGAAGAUUGACUACUGCACGCUAGAAGAAAUAACGUCAUCGAGUUUCCCAGAAUUUCCUGCAUAUAUGUAAUAAAACGAUAAGCGACUACGUGCGCUUGAAACACGAAUCUGAAUCAAAUUUAAACUACGGAGAGACCCGCGAAGUGUGCACUUAUCGCCAACGUUAUCGCAGAGGGUUUAUAAAAACCGUCUACAGCCGCGAUAGCCUGUUAAAUUGUGGACAGUCUUGAGGAGAGGAGCAAGUGUCGCGUUACAUUCCGAUCACUGAAAAGAACCGUCCUGCGUGAUGAGUCGAUCUGAAAUUUCGAUUCGCUAUAUCUAGAUUCGCUCUUAUUGAUUUUGCACAAUAUCGCAAUCGAUAAAUCGGAUCACGGGUAUUGGCCAAUCUCGCGAGAGCUACUUGAAAUGCAGAGCAACGAUUGAAUCGAUUCAUAUGCCGGAAGAUCAACAGAGGAUUGUUGGUGUAUGGUCCGCAAGGGUUUCUAGACAACCGCAAAGCAUUUGAACGAAACUCGAUGAAGAUGUCGCCAAACGAGGAAAGGAUAGCGCUAACAAUGUGUCCCAAGCCAGAGACGGAUUGCAACGUGACGCUGAAGAGGAAUCGGCUGACGAACGGUGAAACAGUGAAGAACCACGAAGCGACGACUCAGAAGAACGAUGAGUCGUCGAUCGAGAGCGAGUACGUGCCGAGGAUAAAGUGGCUGGACCUUAUCGCGCAAAUCUUCAUACACGGCGGUUGUCUCUACGGAUUGUAUUUGGUGUUCACGCAAGCGAAAUUGCUUACACCGCUAUGGGCGUUUGCGACGAUUUAUACAUCUGGCUUUGGUAUUACGGCUGGCGUUCAUAGAUUAUGGUCGCACAAGGCGUACAAAGCGAAAUGGCCUCUGCGUCUACUUUUAGUCCUCCUUUUCACAAUAACAGGACAAAAAGAUGCGUACACGUGGGCAUUGGAUCACAGGGUACAUCACAAGUACAGUGAAACCGAUGCUGAUCCCCAUGACGUAAGGAGAGGUUUCUUCUUCGCUCAUGUAGGGUGGCUUUUUACGACACCUCAUCCUGACGUCGUCGCCAAACGUAAGGCGGUUGAUGUGAGCGAUCUAGAAGCGGAUUCCAUAGUUAUGUGGCAAAAAAGAUAUUAUAUACCUCUAUUUGCGCUGCUGACCAUCGCAUUACCGGUGGCGAUUCCUUGCUACUUGUGGUCGGAGUCGCUGUGGGUUUCAUUCUGGGUGAACUUCAAUCUUCGCUUCUGCAUCAAUUUAAACAUAGCCUUCUCCGUUAACAGCGUGGCACACAUGUGGGGACAGAAACCCUAUGAUAAGUACAUCUCGCCGGUGGAGAAUAUUGCGGUGUCGAUCGCGUCGCUCGGCGAGGGAUAUCACAAUUACCAUCACGUGUUUCCAUGGGACUACAAGACCGGUGAACUAGGCGAUUAUCCGUUCAACCUUACCACUGGUUUCAUCGAUCUGUUUGCACGGAUCGGUUGGGCCUACGAUCUGAAAUACGUCUCGCCAAAUAUGAUCCGUCGCAGGGCGCGUCGAUGUGGCGAUGGCAGUCACGUCUGGGGUUACGGCGAUGUCGACAUUUCGAAAGAAGAUCUGACAGAGUUGGAUAUGAUGGGUAAUGACGAAAUGUGAGACUGAAAAAAACUCGAGGCGUGUCCCGAUCAAAUUCUCUCGGAUGGAUCGAAAAAAAAACGUUGAGGAGAAGCACCUCCUCUAAUACGUCACACGUGGACCACGUGAAAUCAUUCACAAAGAUUUGAGCUAAAGUGAUACAGAUUUAAGACUCUCUGGAACUUCAACUUCCACAUAGAUUGCUGUAUACCAUUGAGAAAUGUUUAUAACGAUUAAAGAGAUAUUUUAAUCGCAAGAUAGUCGAUAAAUGUACAGUUGGCUCUCGAUUAUAAUCAGCGAUUAAUAAAUAAACUCUUUUAAUUACGACAACCAUAAAUUAUUUAUAAAAUUCAUCAUAGAGUUAAGAUGCAUAAGUUGUUUAUUUAUUGUAUAUUUAUGAGAUUUGUUAGAAUUGUUUGUUACAUAUAACAUAAUAAUAAAUUUUACAACGUACAAUGGUAAAUAUUAUACAACUUCGCAUAAUCGAGGGUCCAUUGUUUGAUACAUAGAAAGCCAGUGUUUAAUAAUACGUAUUAUUACGUUUUAUAUAAUACGUAUGUAAUCGUUAUUUGUUAUUGUCGUAUAACUGUGCAUUAUAAAAAUUUUUCUUUUAUUGAAUGUGAAUGACGCAAAGUACAAUAAUCUGAAUGAGAGAGACCAUUGUAUAUUGGUAUGUUCUAUGAUAAGUUUUGUAUAUUCUUGAAAUACUUUAUUUCUUUAAAUCUUUAGUUAGGAAAUUGUAUUUGAAAUUUAUUGUUUUUGACGAUAUGAAAAGA